CAUACGAUCGGCUUUGUCGUACUGAAAUAUAACUCAACAAAAAUGUCAUCCAAUGAGUCAGAUAUAGAAAUAAAUUCAGCAUUACCUGCGAAAAUAAAAAAGCUACCCAAAAGCCCCACACAAGAUUUGCUGAAAGAAGUUAAAAAGUUGAGCACCAGAGAAAUGAUCAAUAAGGCACUUUCUGAAUCCAGAAGUCGUAAAGGGUUAUCUUUAUACGCCAUAAAGAAGUAUAUGCAAGACAAUUACGGCGUGGACACCGAGAAAAUUAAAUAUUUGAUCAAGAAAAACAUUAAAGAGAGCGUAGAAGCGGGGUUUAUAAUACAAACUAAGGGGAUCGGUGCAUCUGGGUCUUUCCGGCUGGCGCCGGGGAGCAAACAGCCAAAAAAGCCAACGAAGAGACCCAAAAAACCGAAAGAAACAACCGGAGAAGACGAAAAAAUUGAAAAACCGAAAAAAGCAAGCGUGAAAACUGCAGACGGCGAUACCAAACCUAAGAAAGCUACGAAGAAGGUUACGAUAAGUAAAACAUCGAAAACAAUGGACAAAGAUACAAUGAAGAAAUCGAAAAGUGUUAAAGAAAAGGCUGUUAGAGAUAACGCAAAGCCUGGUUCGUCGAGUAUGAAGACGCCCAAGAAAAGGGCGAAUAUGAUGAAGAGGAAGAGCAUCGGUUCAAUCAUAAAACCUCCAAAAAUGAAGCCCAAAGCUCCAGCUAAGUGAACUAUUCGAAUUUAAAAGUGAAUUAAUUUUAACUAUUAUUGCCAUUGAUGACUGUUCAUUUUAUUGUAAACUGUAUAAUUUAAUAUGUGACAUUAAAAGAUUAUGGAAUAAUUA